AAAACCCGUGUGGCUCUACACAUAUAAACGCAUGUGUAAUAUAUUUUAACAAGAGCAAUAUCAUAGCCUAUGGGUAGAUACGAAGCAAUUUUAGUCUUGUAAAGAGCCAAUUAAAUAUUUCACUGGUGCCGUCCCGCUGAAAUCUGUGCAUGGGGUAUCCAAGGGACUGUGUUUGGCUUGUUUAUUAAGAAGGAAAAUCUAGUUUGGGAGUAGAGGUGAGAGUCUGUAUUACAAGUCUCAAAGUAGUACCAUUCUAUAGCCUGCAUUCACACUGUUACAAAAAUCCUUGUACUUGCAGUCAGACAGACCCAAAUUCUCCCUCUGGAACCGGUCAGAGAUAACACACUGCAGGCGAGGUCCUCACUUCUGGGGCUUAGGGUUUCUGCACGGUGGUCUUCACACGACUUUAACCAUGAGUUUAGAAGUAUCAAAUAACCCAGAAUAGCUUCAAGAUUUUAGUUGCAUCAUUACAUUUGAAGAUUCCUUAAUUGUUCCUUGUGUACAGUUUCUUAGGUAAAAAAUGAAUAUACUUUAAUUCACCAAAUAAAAAAUCAUCUACAUAAGAGAUUGUAUAUGUGUGCUGUGUGUGUAUAAUACAUAUUAUGUAUAUAAAUGUGCAUACAUAAUAGAUAUUUUAUAUAUAUUUCCUACAUUGUGCUUCUUAAAUGUGGCAACUUUGAACACUAACAGUUGAACAUACUCUAUUUUUGCUGUUCAGUUUCCUGGUCCUUCUGACAGCACUGACUCCAGCACACUCGCUACUUACUGCAGUUCCUAAAGCUGUUUAAAAUGUCAAUCUGAAAAUUCGUGUUUCAACUGUACUUUGUAACCAGAUUUCUUCUAUUUUUCCUAGUUAGCAAAUACUGAAUACUGCCUAAGUUAGCAUUACUCAAUGGUCCUCAAAGGCAAAAUGGACUCAUCUGAACUCCACCCAUUUUCAGUUUCAACACAGCAAGUCUCCUGUCGUACCCAGGGCAGAUACAAACGCAUUGAAAAGGUAUUGGUUAUUACUGCAUAUUAAUUUAUGCAAUCAUCAGCCAAAGAUGCUAAGCCGACAAAAAGAAAACUGUCCAAGCAAGCAAACCUGAGGACCUGUGAGCCACGCCCUCUCAGUAUAUAAAGGCUUGUCCCUGUCCUUGGUAGCAGGCACUCCCUGGGCUACCCUACAUCACCAUGUCUGUUCGUUACAGCUCCAGCAAGCAGUACUCUUCCUCCCGCAGUGGAGGAGGAGGAGGUGGUGGAGGAUCAUCCCUCAGAAUUUCCAGCAGCAAAAGCUCCCAUGGUGGAGGGUUUAGCUCAGGGGGGUUCAGCGGUGGCUCCUUUAGCCGUGGGAGCUCUGGGGGAGGUUGCUUUGGGGGCUCUUCAGGUGGCUAUGGAGGUCUUGGAGGAGGCAGCUUUGGUGGGGGCUAUGGAGGAGGCAGCUUUGGUGGGGGCUAUGGAGGUGGCAGCUUCGGAGGUGGCAGCUUUGGUGGAGGCAGCUAUGGUGGAGGCAGCUUCGGUGGCGGCAACUUCGGCGGAGGCGGCUACGGAGGAGGCUUUGGUGGUGGAUUUGGAGGAGAUGGUGGCGGCCUUCUCUCCGGAAAUGAGAAAGUGACCAUGCAGAACCUGAAUGACCGUCUGGCUUCCUACAUGGACAAGGUCCGGGCUCUGGAAGAGUCAAACUACGAGCUGGAAGGUAAAAUCAAAGAAUGGUAUGAAAAGCACGGCAACUCAAGCCAGCGCGAGCCCCGGGACUACAGCAAAUACUACCAAACCAUUGAAGACCUUAAGAACCAGAUCCUCACCCUGACUACUGAAAAUGCCAAUGUCCUGCUGCAGAUCGACAAUGCCAGGCUGGCAGCUGACGACUUCAGGCUGAAAUAUGAGAAUGAAGUGGCCCUGCGCCAGAGCGUGGAGGCCGACAUCAACGGCCUCCGCAGGGUCCUGGAUGAGCUGACCCUUAGCAAGGCUGACCUGGAGAUGCAGAUCGAGAGUGUGACUGAAGAGCUGGCCUACCUGAAGAAGAACCAUGAAGAGGAAAUGAGAGACCUUCAAAACGUGACCACUGGUGACGUGAACGUGGAAAUGAAUGCGGCUCCAGGAGUUGACCUGACUCAAAUGCUGGACAACAUGAGAAGCCAAUACGAACAGCUUGCAGAAAAGAAUCGCAAGGAUGUAGAAGCCUGGUUCAAUGAGAAGAGCAAGGAACUCACCACAGAAAUUGACAGCAACAUUGAACAAAUGUCCAGCCAUAAGAGUGAAAUUACUGAAUUGAGGCGCACUGUGCAGGGUCUCGAGAUCGAGCUGCAGUCCCAACUGGCCCUGAAACAAUCGCUGGAAGCCUCCCUGGCAGAAACAGAAGGUCGCUACUGCGUGCAGCUCUCCCAGAUCCAAGGCCAGAUCUCCGCCCUGGAGGAACAGCUGCAGCAGAUCCGGGCUGAGACCGAGUGCCAGAACUCCGAAUACCAACAACUCCUGGACAUUAAGACCAGACUGGAGAACGAGAUCCAAACCUACCGCAGCCUGCUCGAAGGAGAGGGAAGUUCCGGAGGCGGAUCCUACGGCGGCGGGCGCGGCGGCGGCAGCCACGGCGGAAGUUACGGAGGCGGCAGCUCCGGUGGCGGCGGCAGCCACGGCGGAAGUUACGGCGGCGGAAGUUCCAGCGGCGGCGGCAGCCACGGAGGCAGUUCCGGUGGCGGCUACGGCGGCGGAAGUUCCAGCGGCGGUGGUCACGGCGGCAGUUCCGGCGGUGGCUACGGCGGCGGAAGUUCCAGCGGCGGCCAGAGCGGAAGCGGAGGAUUCAAGUCUUCUUCUUCCGGGUCCGGUGGCGACCAAUCGUCUAAAGGACCAAGGUCAGCAGAAACUAGCUGGGAUACUAACAAAACCAGAGUGAUCAAGACGAUUAUUGAGGAGGUGACACCUGAUGGUAGAGUCCUUUCGUCUAUGAUUGAAUCAGAAACCAAGAAACACUUCUAUUAAGCUGCAUAAAGAAGAGUCUCUUUGCACAGGCCAUUGCACAGACGUGUGGGAAAAUGUCCAAGAAAACACUUCUGUCCUAAUGGUCUAUGGAAAUAGGUUUGCUCCUUGAAAGGGUUUAAAAGGUGUUUUGUGGUUUCUGUGUUUCUUCUUUUCAUUUAUCAGAAAGUGUCCUUUUAUGGAGAAAAAAAAAAGACAACUUUCUCAUUUACUAAUGAAUUUCUCAUUUACUAAUGAAUUUCAAUAAACUUUCUUACUGAUGCAAAUGA